GCAAAGUCAAGAAGCCGAGUGUGUACGUAGCGCGAGCGAGUGUCCUUGUUGGUGCGCGACGGUGCGGCGGCGGUGGCGGCGGCGGCAGCGCUAGCAGCCAUUUUGUGUGCGCGCGCGCGAGAGCCAGAGCAGCCGCCUGCUAAAAAACACACGGACAAGCACACAGACAGCGGCACGUGAAAGAGUCGCGCUCAGCCAAAGCCUCUGCUCCGCUUCGCAUCAACACACCAGCCAGUCGGACUGUAGCUGUGGUGGUGUGACACGAGCGCGCGCGCGCGUAAUCGAGACGUAAACACUACUCGAUCUGAGGAUCCGUUUCGACAGGCGAGGUGAGACAGACGUCGCCGACACCCAGCUCUUCCUCGUCCUCCCGCCGGCCUUCUUCCGCCACGACCCUCUUCGCGGCAGGCCAAAGUCCACAGUGUCGGCUAGUUAGCGGUACGAAGGGCAAUUGUGUGAAAAAAAGAUCGUGGAGGGCGCGUUUUGGUUUCGCGCCAAUUUCGCCGCUCUGUUCUCCCUCUCUCACGGUCUCUCGGCUCGCGCACCUGGCCAGUCAUCCCCAGGACUAAGCACAGCUGUCCAACUGUCUGUCUGUUGUUACAAUCUGUCCUGCCUGUAGCUUAUAGGUCGUUCCCCGCGCGCCUGCCACCGAGUGCCUCUGACUGCGUCUGUGUCUAUCAUAUGCCUUGCAUUGUUAAGAACCAAUGAAAAGUCAUCAUUAUCCGUGGACAAGGUGCUUUUGACAGUGAAAUCAAGUGUUGUUCUGAUAAAAGUUUAUGUGAAGUUUGGUGAACUAAAUGAGCCUCAAAGUGUUGUUAUAGUAUUAAAAUGACGUCGGUGAAAAUGUGAGAGCCUUGAAAGUGGCAAUGUAAACAACAAGGCAUGACAUUGUUUAUGAGUUUAGUGGAUGUAAGAUAAGCCAAACCAUGUCUGGUGAUUCAGGGUGGAAUGCCGUUAUCCAUCAUCCAUCAGAAUUAGAAUUACAAAAUUGGGAUUGGGAUGGCCCCGAUGGCGAGCCAGAACAAGAGCUUCCUUCCACAGUUGAUAUGGAUGCCAUCAAGGAUGGUGGCAAUUGGAAUCCAGUUACCGAUGUAGCUACUGUGCACUCCGAUGACGAAUCUGAUUCUGAUGAUGAAAGUUCUGGUGGCAGUGAUGGUAGUGGGUCUUAUUCAGAUUCAAAUUCUGAUACUGACAAUGACAGCAGCGAUGGAGAUAGCGAAUCAAAUUCAGACUGCUCCUCUGAUCACAGCGAGCAGACAUUUUCAAUUCGAGAAACAAAUUUUGAGCAGGGUGGAUUGAAGUUAAAAAUAAGUAUGAAAAUACCCAGAAAGGAAGAUUUAGCUAAAUUGAGAUACGAGAGAAAUAAACGUCUUUUACCAAGGAGAACUAAAAGUCACAGUAAUAAAAUAACGGAUUGCAGCAGUGACGAUUCAGAUUCGUCAAUUAGUCAGAUACCAUGCUCGAAAGUUCAACAGCAUUUAAUGGCUCAACAAGCAAAAUUAUCGAGACUAAAAGAACAACAGGCCCUGGAGCAAAGCCGGCAGCAACAGCAGCAGCAACUACAACAACAGCAGCAACAAGAACAACAACAACAACAACAACAACAACAACAACAACAACAACAACAACAACAUGAACGGCAACAAAAUGGGCAACAAAAUGAACAUUCAAAUACAACGAAUGGUUUUCAGCCAAGUCAAAGCACUACAAAGUCUCCGCUGCAUUCUGCGCCUUCGCUACCACCGCAAGUUCUGCCUUGUAGUCAGCCAACUACGCAACCACUGCAAGAAAUAAACCAGGAAGACCUGGCGGCCAUUUUACCGGAACCUGAGCACGAGGAUACGGCGUUCGAUGGUUUCGAAGAUUCGGAGAGUGGCCGCCUCGUGUCCAAGGCUAUUGAGCGGAUGACCCUGGGCGCCGACGACUCCGACUCUUCGGAGAACGUGCGUCAACCCUAUAGUUCCUCGCUGCUGCAGCAGUUUGUUGAAAAGACAGCUUUGCUAUCGAAGAAGCGCAGCGCUAGCAAACAGCCUUCUCAGCUGCAUCCGCUAUUGCAACAACCGUUACAAGGUGCCAGUAAACCGAUAGAUCCAGAGUAUGCUUCGUCGUCUAACGUCUCGCCGGACUCGGGCAUACAAUCGGUGAAUAAUAGCCCUCUACAUCUGGUCGGUCCGGUCAGUCCGCCCCCGGCCGUUGCUGCAGCUACUCCGGUUAUUGUGUCGCCGGAAAAAGCUAUCAGUGCUGUGUCGGCGAGCUUCCCCAACACCAGUCUGGUUCAUAACAACAAUAAUCAUAGCAAGAACAAUAAUAACAAAAACUUAGGCAAAGUGACGACAACUGCCAAUGUUGUCACAUCUAGCUGUGGACCAGCCAUGAUAACAAACUGCUCGCCCUCGGCGGCAGUGAAGGCGGCCAUAGCGGCUAAAGCUCACCCGGUGGUGAACGUUGAUCCGGUGGAGAAGCCGCCGAAACGCAAACCCGGUAGGCCAGCCAAGAUCGCGAGUUCGACGACCACGCAACCACGUGGACCUGGUAGGCCCAAACUGAGGCCCGACGCACCUGUGACCACUAAAAAACAUGGCAACUCGGCAAGCCUCAGUAAAGAGAGCCCGUGCCUUAAAAGGGCCAAGGUGGUGGUGUCGCAUUGUAGUAGGCCACCGAUCAGGCGACACCAUCAGCAGUCGGACAGCGGAGAGAGGAAGAGAACCAAAGGCAGGAAGCCCGGCAGGAAGGCUUUGGGAAGGAAGCCAGAGGGCGAUAAGGUGUGCCUCACGCGCAAAAAGUGCCUCAGCAACAAGCCCGACAAGCCGUCGCUCAGUAAGCGCACCAGAGAGGUGUCGGUCGAGGAGCUGCCGAUUAAACGCGCCAGACGCGAUACGCUGGCCAGAAAAGAAGUCGCUCACUCGAGUCACGACGAAGAUACUCACGGCAAACUGGACAGCAAAAAGAGCUCAAAGGAGAACCGGCUCGAUACGAUGAGCCUGAGCAAGCGACAGCUGCCCACGCGCAAAACUCAGCAGCCAAUUCGACGGGUCCUCAAGGAAAACAAGGCUAACAAGAAAGCAGCUCACGCUACCAACAACAACAAUAACAACAACAACAAUAACAACAAUAACAACAACAACGACAACAUAUUGGAGACGAACGGUGUUGCCGUACAGACUAUUAUAUCGCUGCCUGUGAUCAAUCCCAUGCGAAUCGUCGACGAUGACAAAAAGGGAUCGAGCAACGGUGACUCCCAUCGGCAUCACCAUCACCACAAGCACCGACGGCGGGCACCUCCUCCUAAAACGCCAAUUCGCGUAGAUCCAAGUGUUGGACAAGAGCUCGAGCGCAUUGUCGAGGAGUUUGCCAAACUUUGCAGCCUUGGGCAGAUCGAUACCAGUGGCGAUGCUUACGGUAGUAACGGGUCUGUUGUGAAGAAGAUCGGAGAACUGCUUCCGCAGAUUUUUGGCAGGGUCAAAAAGAUAACCAAGAAGCGAAAAGGCUGCGACACAUCCACUGUUGCUGAACACAGUAAUCGUAAAAUUAAACGGCGAUUGAAAAAGGAGAAAGCUAAUAGUGGCAACAACAGCGGCAGUAAUAGUAGUAAUGCAAGCGUCACCGAAUCGAGUAAUCCUAAUGAGCAACGUCUACCUCUCAAAAAGCGGCAUUACCAUGUGCUUAGUCUCCAUAGCAAUGCGCAGGACCGCCAAGCCAGUGAAGAGGACGAUGAGCACGAUGAGGAGGAUGACGAACGCGACGAGGACGAAGAGAAUAACGAGGAAGAGGAUGAGAACGAAGGUGGGAGCUCAUCAGACAAUCAUACGGAGGAGCCAGUCGACGAAGUUCAACAGUCACCGGAAACUAGUAGUCAAGCUACUCAAAAGGAAUCUUCGAACCCUUUACUUCCUGCUCCUGUUGAGUCUAACAAGAAACAAAGAGAGUCUUCCGACAGCGUUACAAGCGAUAAAACAGAAACUGACGUGAGUGAAGUAGCAGACGAUAAAUCACAGAAUCAAACUGACUUGCAACCUCGUCGUAAAAAGAAAAUUGUUAAAGACUUGCGCGUCACAGUAACGAAGCUUCCAGUAGAAAAUAAUCACGUGAUUGAUAAAAUUGAGAAACUGGAAAAGAUGUGUGCUGGGGACAAGACAGUCAAGCCUAUUGCGGAAAAAUCUCCGAAAGCUGAUAAAGUAAGUAUCGACAAGAUUGCAAAGGUACAACUGGAUAAACCCGAGAUUCGUCUUUCUGAUCGCUCUGAACGAAUGGCUAAGAACAAACAAUCGAAAGAAGAAAAAGAGUCCAGUUCGAGCAAGUUACAAAAAAAAGACUCCGAGGUCGCUAAACUCGGUAAGAGAGAAGUCGAGGCUAAUAAGUUAGUUAAGAAAGAUGUUGAUGUUAACAACAAAACCGCGCGAAAAGAUACGGAUGUUAGUAGUAAGCCAGCGAAGAAAGACAUUGAUGUAAAUAGUAAAUCAGUAAAAAAGGAUACUGAUAUUAGCAAUAAGAUAUUGAAAAAAGAUUUGGAUGUUAACAAUAAAGUUGUAAAGAAAGAUAUUGAUGUUAAUGGUAAAGUAGUAAAGAAAGAUAUAGAAACUAAUAAUAAAGCAGCGAGAAAAGAUAUUGAAUCGAAGAAGGAUACAGAAAUAAUCAAAUCUGUAAAGAAGGAUACAGACAAAUCAGACGGUACUAAAGUUACUAAAAAAGAUAGCGAGCCUAUUAAGAUAUCUAAGAAAGAUAGCAUUGAAAGUCCGAUGCCACCUAAAAAAGACAUAGAACUUGGCAAAGUAGUCAAGAAAGAAAAGAAAGAGACAGACAAUAAAUUAGAUUUAAUCAAAGAAAGUGAGGUUGUACUGCACAAAACGUCGAAAGUCGAAUUGUCCAGCAGUAGUUCUUUAGCAGUGAAAAUGAUUCAGAAGAAGAUACGUCGCAGAAAAUCGAUCAACCGUACGGGCUUCCCUACUCUCAAGAAAAAGAAAAAGAAGCAAAUUGCGGUUCUUUUGCAAGAUAUAGAACAGUUGCAGACUUUUGCCAAUAUAGUUGAUAAAAAUCCAAAAGUCGUUAUUAACGUCGAGCUGAAGAAGCCUAGAAUAGAAAACAAAGAAAAGAAGAAUCUCGAAUCGAUUUCUACGCCAAAGGAAUCAAAUGACGUUGAAAAGCACGCAGAAAAUAAGAAAGUCGAUGAUGACACUGUGUCGCGUGACGAUGAUCGAACAACUUUGGAGGAAAGUGAGCACACGUGCUCUAGUAUGAGAACGGACAUGGACGGAGAGUGUGACGGUACAAAACCCUGCGACAAAUCCUGCCCUGUGAAAUAUGAAAAAAUUCAGGAUUCAAGGAUGUACGACGAAAAUGCCACGCUUGAAGAAUCAUUAGAAAGAUACAACCAAAGCCAGAAGAUUGCAGUGCUAAGCGAAGAAAACGUUCGUAAGCUCGAGUGUGCGAAUUCGCACGUGAGUGUUAAACUUGAGGCCCAUGCUUUCUUAAACAACAACAAUCAUAGGCGUAUUCGAGGCUCGGCGAGUCCGUGUACCUUGACAGUGAGGAAUCUCAAGAGGUUGCGUAACGAGUAUGAUACUGAGAGCGAUGCAUUACCUAGUAGCGACAUUGCCAGCGACGAUCACGACAAGCAGGCGAGUUGCUUUUCUCUUGUGGCAUCUCAGACAAUUGGACCGAUCAGAAACCGGCGUAAACAACCUCGCUGGAAGAAGCGGUAUUUGCAAGCAGGUCUAUUCUCUGACUAUUUUAAAGAGGAUGAGCCGAGAAAAAGCCAAGCAUCGGACAGCGGGACCAAUAAAAAUAAGCUGGUAUACGAGCCCUCGGAGCAUCCACACGGACUCUUACCACCACCAUAUCACUGCGGCAAGUUCCUUCGACAGCGCAAAAUCCCAUUCCAACUGCCGUACGACUUGUGGUGGCUGCACACGCAUUCGCGGCUACCGGGUAGAGAUCUGGUGCCGUCGUGGAAUUAUCGUAAGAUCCGCUCGAACGUGUACUACGAUGUGAAGCCGACGAUGCUGUAUGAGGCACAGGCUUGCGAGUGUAAAGCCGAAGCAGGCUGCGGUGACGACUGCAUUAAUCGCAUGGUCUUUAGUGAGUGUUCGCCCCAACUGUGUCCCUGCGCCGACAAGUGUAAGAACCAAAAGAUACAAAAGCACGACUGGGCACCGGGUCUCCAGAGAUUCAUGACGGAAAACAAAGGCUGGGGCGUUCGCACUCACCAAGCAAUCAAAAGCGGUGAAUUUAUCUUGGAGUACGUGGGUGAGGUGGUAUCCGAACGCGAAUUCAAAUCUCGUAUGGCAACGCGUUACGCCAACGACACGCACCACUAUUGCCUCCACUUGGAUGGUGGCCUGGUAAUCGAUGGACAUCGGAUGGGCGGCGACGGUCGCUUUGUCAAUCAUUCGUGUGAACCCAACUGCGAGAUGCAAAAAUGGAGUGUACAUGGGUUACCGCGCAUGGCUCUCUUUGCGUCUAGAGACAUCGAAGCCGGAGAGGAGCUUACCUAUGAUUAUAACUUUGCCUUAUUCAAUCCUUCCGAGGGCCAGGAAUGCAGGUGUGGGAGCGAAAGCUGUCGUGGUGUCAUAGGUGGUAAAAGUCAACGCGUGGCCAGGCCAUCAGGCCCAGCGAAUCAACCAGUCACUAGUGGUUCACCUGCUAAUCCUAUAGUCGAACGACGCUCGGUCGGCAGACCACGUAAAAACGCGCGUAAAAUUAACACCAUUAAUACGCACCCUCAGCAUCAACAGCAACAACAACAACAGCAACAGCAGCAGCAGCAACAGCAACAGCCGCAGCAGUUCAACCCAAGUAUAAAUCCAACCGUCAGUCGUAAGAGCGGCUUGUGCAAAUCACGCAGAAUUGGUCCCGACGGCAACCCUCUGCCUAUGCCAGUUGUCAAACCUCUUUCGCACCAGCAACGCUGCUUUGUUCUCGAACAUCGUUGUUUUCUCGUGCGUAAUAUCGAAAAGAUACGUAGAGGUAGAUUGCCGGCUGUUCAACUUAAUGCCCAGAACAAAGGUGUUAUCAAGCCUAAUGUUAGCGUUGUAACUGGAACACAGGUGAUUAAAGAGAAGAGCAAUGUUGAUACAAAAACCAAUUCCGAUGUAUUCUUUACACACCUCACGUCUUUGACUAAUACCGUUUCGAGAACCGUUAGAACCAGAAGGCUUGCCCAGGCGCAGGACGAUCCUGAAGUUAACAAAACUGCUAAAUUGGCUAAGGUACUAAAAGAUCUGUACAGCGUAAUGACGAGCGCCAAAGAUGAGAACGAAGCCCUGUUGUGCACACCUUUUAUGACAUUACCUCCCAAGCGGAAGCUACCAGAGUACUAUGAGAAAGUACUGGAGCCUAUUGACUUGACAAUGAUUGAGCAGAAUAUUGAAAACGGUCAGUACAAAACACCAGAGCAAUUCGACCAGGAUGUCAUUAAGAUGUUCGACAACAACGUGCGCUUCUUCGGGCGUACUUCUGACGUCGGUAUUUCCGCUGCACGACUCCGCAAACUUUAUAUCGGUAGCAAGGCUGAUUUCGUCAUUCCUAUUACUGAAGCCACGGGAUUACCACCAUCUCAGGCAUUUCUACCUCCGCGAGGUUCAACUGCUGGAGAAGAGGAUGUCAUUCGUUGCAUUUGUGGCUUGCACAGGGAUGAAGGGCUAAUGAUUCAGUGUGAGCGUUGUCUUGUCUGGCAGCAUUGUGAUUGCGUAAAAGCUGACACUAGCGCUGAUUCGUAUAUGUGCGAGAGAUGUCAGCCUCGCGAGGUAGACUACGAGAUUCCGCUAGAAAAUGAGGAAGAGGAAGAGGGCAAAAAGUAUUAUGUGACUCUAAUGCGCGGGGAUCUGCAGCUAAGAACAGGUGACACUGUAUACGUGUUGCGCGAUACUCCAGAAAAACAUACCUACAAGACCAUCGAAAAAUUCGACUUUGAGCAGAUGGAUAUUUUUAGAAUCGAGAGACUUUAUAAAGAUCAGAGCGGAGAAAGAUUCGUAUUCGGACAUCAUUAUCUACGACCACACGAAACAUACCAUGAGCCAACGCGCAAGUUUUACGAAAAUGAAGUGGUAUGUGCUCCGCUAUACGAAGCUGUGUCGUGUGAUCUAGUAGCAGGACGUUGCUGGGUUCUCGACGUUCAUACGUUCUGUAAAGGUCGACCUGUGAACGCUAAGCCAGAGCACAUAUACGUGUGUGAAUACCGUGUAGAUAGAGCAGCAAGGCUUUUCACGAAAGUCGCUAGGUCACGUCAUCAAGUGUGCACAAAACCUUAUGCUUUCGAAUCCUUCCCGCAGCGCAUCAAACACUAUCGCACUUAUUUGCCUCAUAGCCUUGAAGGGAUACAAAUUACAAAAGGUUCUAAAGAUAAAAAGAAAAAUUGCCAUGAAACAGAACACACCACUCAUAAAUCUGAAUCUUGCGACAUUGUUAAAUUGAAUAAAGACCAACCAGCCAAACCCAGAGGAAGAAGACGGUUGAUUGAUACUCCAAUUGUCAACGUUCAAGUUAACUUUGUUCAGAGAGAGGACAGAAAAAAGAGACUGAAUAGCAUUUUGCUUAAUUUGUUAGAUAAAUUGCCAAAUAAGAAUGAUCCUUUAGAUGCAUCAAACCUCUUGGAACGUAAUCGACGAAACCGAAAGCGACCGGGCAUACUGAAUCCGUGAUAUUGGGUUAUUUAAAUGCAUAGAUGACGACUCAGGAGACUGAAAAAGUAAAAGGAAAUAUCAGUCAACUGAGUGCGUGAUUUAUGGCAUUUAAACAUGCUAUCUUUCAAUACUUUUAGAAAAGAAAAAAAUUUCACGCAAAGAAAUAAAAUUUGCAAGUAGGAUAGAAAAUUGAAUGAAUAAAAAAACAAUAAAAAAAGAGGAAAAAGGGAUUUUGUCAUUUCGUACCAAAACAAUGGUAAAUGGCAAUGUUGUAAUUUAAGGCAGAAGCGCCUUUGCGACUAUAAUUUUAUUGGAUGAUUCAAAACAAUUUGAUAUAUGUAAAAAGUUAUAAGCUGUACCGAGAUGCGCACAAAGUAGUUAUUUAGAACCGCAAAAGUUUAUAAGCUAAUGUAAAAGAUACCAAAUAAAAAAAGUUCUUAGGCGCAUGGUCAACGGACAUUUUUUGUUUGGUACGGCGUACGUUAUUCAAUGUAUAUUGAGAAAAAUACAUUUGUACAGAGUUACUUGUAAAUUAUU